UUUUACGUUGGUUUCCACCAAAAGCAGAAGAAGAGACGCGCUCUGUAUUGCUGUUUCAAAACAAAAGAUUUGUCAAGUAUUUGAAACUUCACGAAUCAGUUUUAAGCGAUCACUAUUUACAAAAAAAGACAUGCAUUCAGACCAGCAGGAAGAGCAGAAAUUUGUAAAGAUGUUUAUUGAAGAUUACAGCGAAAACUGGACUGAUCCAGUGAAACAAGAAGAGACUAAAGAACAGAGAGACCUGAUGGAAGGAAUUAAGGAGAGUGAACUGAAUGAAGCGGAGGAGGAACAUCAUGUCAAAACUGAAGAUAAACCAUUGAGUUGCUCAGAGGCUGAAAGUAAAUGUGUACAGAGAGGAGCCAUCAAAAAUUUCACUUGUCCUCAGUGCGGGAAAACAUUCCCAUACAAACAAAGUCUUAAACGUCACAUGACUGUUCAUACUGGAGAGAAGCCUUUCACAUGUGAUCAAUGUGGGAAGAGUUUUACACUAAAAGGAAACCUUAUGGAACACAUGAAGAUCCACACUGGAGAGAAGCCGCACACAUGUGAUCAGUGCGGGAAAACAUUCUUAUACAAACAAAGUCUUAAACAUCAUAUGAGUGUUCAUACUGGAGGGAAGCCGCACACAUGUGAUCAAUGUGGGAAGAGUUUCACAGUAAAAGGAGCCCUUAUGGAACACACAAAUAUCCACACUGGAGAGAAGCUGUACACAUGUGAUCAGUGCGGGAAAACAUUCUUAUACAAACAAAGUCUUAAACGUCACAUGAGUUUUCAUACUGGAGAGAAGCCGCACACAUGUGAUCAAUGUGAGAAGAGUUUCUCACAAAAACGAAGCCUUACAGAUCACAUGAAAAUCCACACUGGAGAGAAGCCACACACAUGUGAUCAAUGCGGGAAGUGUUUUAUACAAAAAGGAACCCUUAUGGGACACAUGAGGAUCCACACUGGAGAGAAGCCUCACACAUGUGAUCAGUGCGGGAAGAGUUUCACACAAAAAGGAAACCUUAAUGAUCACCUGAAAAUCCACACUGGAGAGAAUCAGCACACAUGUGAUCAGUGUGGGAAGAGUUUCACAGUGAAAAGAGCCUUUGAAGGACACAUGAAAAUCCACACUGGAGAGAAUCUGCACACAUGUGAUCAGUGUGGGAAGAGUUUUACACUAAAAAAACUGCUUAAGAGACAUGUAAAAAUCCACACCGGAGAGAAGCCGCACACAUGUGAUCAGUGUGGGAAGAGUUUUACACUAAAAGACCAGCUUAUGAGACACAUAAAAAUCCACACCGGAGAGAAGCCGCACACAUGUGAUCAGUGUGGGAAGAGUUUUAUACAAAAAUCAGGCUUUAAGGAACAUAUGAAAAUCCACACUGGAGAGAAGCAGCACACAUGUGAUCAGUGUGGGAAGAGCUUCACACUAAAAAAACAGCUUAAGAGACACCAAAAAAUCCACACUGGAGAGAAGCCACACACAUGUGAUCAGUGUGGGAGGAGUUUUACACUGAAAGACCAGCUUAAGAGACAUAUCGAAAUCCACACCGGAGAGAAGCCGCACACAUGUGAUCAGUGUGGGAAGAGUUUCACACUAAAACAAACCCUUAAGGAUCACACGAGGAUUCACACUGGAGAGAAGCCGCACACAUGUGAUCAGUGUGGGAAGAGUUUCACACUAAAACAAACCCUUAAGGAUCACAUGAGGAUCCACACUGGAGAGAAGCCGUACACGUGUGAUCAGUGCGGGAAGAGUUUCAGAUUGGCAGAUUCUUUUAGAGUACAUAUGCGUUCUCAUUCUAGAGAAAAAACAUUUAACUGUGAUCAAUGCGGUAAAAAUUUUAUUUGGGCAGUUUCCCUGAAGAAGCACCUCAAUGUUCAUACAAAGGAGCUUCACAUGUGUUCUCUGUGUGGAAAGGGGUUUUUACAGCUGAGUGCUUUAAAAUUACACCAAAAAAGACACAGCGGUGUGAAGAAUUAUGUGUGCUAUAUGUGUGGAAAAACCUAUUUUGGAGAGGGUGAACUGAAUAGGCACCAGAAAAGAAGCUGCACACAAAAAAGAACCCUUAAUGAUCACAUGAAAAUCCACAUGGGAGAGAAGCUGCACACUUGCAAUAAGUGCAGGAAGAGCUUCAGAAGUGUUCGAGCUUUGAAAUUACAUCUGUGUUCUCAUUCUGGAGAAAGAAAGAAGCAUGAAAAAAAUCUUUUACUCGACUGAGCACUCUUAAAAUACACAAGAAAACACAUACCAGUGUGAAAAGACACUUGCUACAGCUGACAAAACGUCCCCAAAGAAUUCACUUUGGAGAAAAACCUUACAAGUGUUCACAUUGUGACAAGAAAUUCAGUCCAUCAGGACAACUGAAAAUACUCAAGGGCAUCCACACUGAAGAGAAGCCAUUUCACUGUCCUUCGUGUGAGAAAUAAAUGAGCUUCUCUACUCA